AUGGCCAAGAGACCCUCAGAAGCACUGUUUCCUGCUAAUAGAGGCUCUGUUACUGGUAAAUCCAAGUACAGAAUAGCAUUAUGCUGGAAUUUUCGGAAUACUGGAAAAUGCCAUUACGGGGACAGAUGCAAAUUUUCUCAUAAAACCUGCAAGUUCAACUUUAAGAGGACAUGCCCAUAUGGUGAAAAAUGUAAAUUUUGGCAUACAGAACCAGUGGAUGUUGAUUCAAGAAGUCAUGGUAAAAGAGAAGGUUCAAGUAGUUCUGCACCUGUACUUGCAUCAGAAUCUGGAAAUGCACAAACUGGUCCUAAGACCUUGGUCAACGCUGAGGUUCAGAAUCCGCUCAAACCAACUGCUUCCAAGCACAAACUGCCACCACGACGAGCGAGCUCAUUGAAAUGGAAAAGGCCCAAGAAAAUUGUUGGCAUCUAUGCGGAUUGGAUUGAUGAGGAACCCUCGGUGCCUGGUUCAGCUAGUGGGCGUCAACAAUAA